AUUCACAAAAACAACUAUCAUUUUGAAAAUAAAACUGGUACUAGUAUGGAUAUCUACAGUUCUGACAAUAAUGAUUUGAUAUCUGAUAAUCAAAAAAUAGAUAAUGAAUCUAGCAUAGCAUUUGAUAUUCAAAGCACUUCUG